AUGGCUCAAGGGGAGGUUCUAGUUUUUUUAGAUUCUCACACAGAAGCGAACGUCGGCUGGCUGGAGCCGAUAGUUUGGGAAAUAUACAAAAACAGACGGACCGUCAUUCAACCAGCAAUUGAUACCAUUGACGCCAUGACCUUCGAGUACCGGAAGUACAUGGAGAACAUGCGCGGAGAGAUCCAGUGGAGCCUCGGUUUCACGUUUGCGCCGAUUCCACCAAGAGCUUUACUAGGGAGAACCAGCACUGACCCCAUACUUACUCCUGCUAUCGUUGGUUGUUGUUUUGCCGUGGAUAGAAGGUACUACUUGGAUUUGGGGGGUCUUGAUGAAGGGAUGAAGACUUGGGGAGGAGAGGAUGUGGAGUUCUCCCUACGGGUGUGGUUGUGUGGUGGCAAUAUGAAGAUCCUGGAGUGUUCCCGUGUUGGUCAUAUUUUCAAGUCAGGACAUCCCUUUGCCGUGUCGUAUAAUGAUCUUCUCUACAACGAACAACGUAUUGCGGAACUCUGGCUAGGGGAUUAUAAGAAGAUUUUCUAUGCAGUUCAUGGGGGAAGAGUAACUCACUCCACCGACUUCGGUGACCUGUCCACAAUCAGGGACACUCAACACAAUCUAAACUGUAAUCGUUUCACCUGGUACCUUGAAAACGUCUUUCCAGAACUUGACGUUCCACCUCUGUCAUCUGUAAAAUUCGGCAGUGUUAAAAAUUCGGCAAGUUCUCUGUGUAUCGGAAUAGAUAAUACGUCACCAAAUACUUUUCAUUUGAUUCUGUGCUGGGGGUCCGGAUCUUCUAGCGUAGCUCUUACGAAAAACGGAUUUCUGAAGGCGAGGGGCAAAUGCAUGGGGUCCGAGAACAGGUAUAUUGUGCUGAAGCCGUGCAGCAUCGAUGACCUUGGUCAACAGUGGACCUAUACAGCCAAUCAGCAGCUGGUGUGGCAUGAUGGGAAAAGUUGCAUGAUGCACGUGAGCGACCCUGACCCCGCGACAGGUCACCGUCAGACCAUUAUGUUGAUGCCAUGUGAAAUAAAGAAGGAGCAUGUGGAGUUUACACAAUGGACAUUCACCUACAGCCUCUCGUUUUCUGACAAUAUGUGA